CCUUGAGCUCUUCUCACUAGCUAUAGCUAGAUCACUACUAGCUAUAGCAGCUAGCUUAUUACCACUGGUGGCCGGCGGCGAUCACCGGAGAUGACGAUGGCCGGCGGUGGCAGUGCGGCGGCGGCGAAUGCGAAGAAGAAGAAGAAGAUGGGGGAGGAGAAGCUGAUCAUAAUGUCGGAGAAGGUGAGGUUCAUCGACAUCCUGUCGCUGCUGCUCCUCCGGCGGCCGAUCACCAGCUACCACUUCGUGGACGCCGGCGACGCGACCGCCGCCGCCGCCGGCGAGCUGGGCAGCACGCCGGGGGAGUGGCUGGUCGCCCUCACCGAGAUAAUCCAGAAGGCGCUCGCCGCCGCAUACUACCCGGCCAAGUACCUCGGCGCCGCCGUCGAGUUCUUCCUCAACUUCGUCUCCCUCAACGGCGGCGUCAUCGGCAUCCUCUGGAACAUCGUCCGAUUUAAACUGGUGAUCCCACUGAACCGGGAGGCGCCAAACUUCCGGUCCAUGAUCGCCAUGAUCGACGGGAGGACGGAGCUGAAGCCGAUGAAGCCGGCCGCCACCGCCGGAGUCGAGGACGACGACUUGGAGAGCGGCGGGUGCGCCGCCGCCGGCGUGCCGCUCAUCCGGCGGCACCUCGUCGACAGCGAGCACCUCCUCGCCGAACAGUACAGCAUCUCCGAGGUCACCGUCAUGGCCUCCAAGAUCGCCUAUGAGAACGCCGCCUACAUCGAGAACGUCGUCAACAAUGUCUGGAAGUUUAAUUUCGUGGGCUUCUACAGCUGCUGGAACAAGUUCAUCGGGUCGGAGACGACGCAGGCGUUCGUGAUGACGGAGCGCGCCACGGACGCGGCGGCGAUCGUGGUGGCGUUCCGUGGCACGGAGCCGUUCAACAUGCAGGACUGGUCCACCGACGUCAACCUCUCCUGGCUCGGCAUGGCCGCCAUGGGCCACGUCCAUGUCGGCUUCCUCAAGGCGCUCGGCCUCCAGGAGGUGGACGCCAAGGACGCCGCCCGCGCCUUCCCGCGAGAGCCCCCCGCCGCCGCCGCCCUCGUCGGCAGGUCCUUCGCUUACUACAAGCUCCGCGACGUGCUCCGCGACCAGCUCAGGCGCCACCCCAACGCCCGCGUCGUCGUCACGGGCCACAGCCUCGGCGGCGCGCUCGCCGCCGCGUUCCCGGCGCUCCUCGCGUUCCACGGCGAGGCCGACGUCGUGUCCCGCAUCGCCGCUGUCCACACCUACGGCCAGCCCCGCGUCGGCGACGCCACGUUCGCCGGCUUCCUCGCCGCCAACGCGGCGACCCCGGUCGCGUUCCAGCGCGUGGUCUACCGGUACGACAUCGUGCCGAGGGUGCCGUUCGACGUGCCGCCGGUGGCGGACUUCAGGCACGGCGGGACGUGCGUGUACUACGACGGGUGGUACGCCGGGAGGACGCUCGCCGCCGGCGAGGACGCACCGAACAAGAACUACUUCAACCCCAAGUACAUCGUGUCCAUGUACGGCAACGCGUGGGGUGACCUGUUCAAGGCCAUGUUCUUGUGGGCGAAAGAGGGGAAGGACUACCGGGAGGGCCCCGUGUCCAUCGUCUACCGCGCCGCCGGCCUCCUCUUCCCCGGCCUCGCCUCCCAUAGCCCUCGUGACUAUGUCAAUGCCAUCCGCCUCGGCCACGUCGCGCCUAAGGAAGCUUAGUCUCUCUACUAUUAUAAAAGCAGAGUCGUCCUCCUUAUAUCCCCUCCUCUCACAAAACGAGGCAGAAAAACAAAAGUCCCAAAAAUUCUACCAGCGAAGUGUUGGGUUGGGUUCGUGUCCAAGUAAGCUUAGUGAGGUGAGGUGAGAGGUUGAGCCGGGGAAGAAGAUGAUGAACAAUUAAGUUUUUAUUUGUAUUUUAUUUUUGCUCUAUUUUGUUUUAUAUUUUUGUGUUUGUAUGUUAUUUCUAUUAUGUGUAUCUUGGAAAAAAAUGUAAAAAUAAUCUGCAAAAUUAAGCAGCUUAAUUAUCAUAUGGUCGUCUGCCUCAUUAUGUUUGGCUGAACUAA